AUGGACUUGAAGAGAAUCAAAUCGGAAGCGUUCGAGAUGGAUCUGAAGAUAAAACAGAUUAUGAGCGCCGAACAACACGUCGGCCAAAUGAAAGCGGUCGUCGAGAAUGAGGCACGAAGGGUCCGUCUCGUGAAACACUUUUACUUUUUCUUGUUUUUGAACGCCUUGUAAAUGUUCUCGUGUUCAGCUCGACGAACUUCUCAUCAAAGCGGUGGCCGAGUGUGCGGAAAUUGAUCGGAUGAGAAGUGAAUUUCGGAAUGCGACAGUGGUUCAAAGUAACUCCGGAGACGCGCUCGAUGAGCACCUUUUCGGAAUGAACAACUCCAAUCAGAAUACACACAGAAGGUUGCCCGUUUUUAUCUGUGAAUGUCCACAAUUUUGAAUGUUUUCAGAGUGGAAAGUGUGCGAGCAUCUCUGCAAAAGCACUACGACUAUCUCGACAGAUAUGCCGGACAAAAAGUGGCCGCAGUGGCACCGCAGAACAAUUGA